CAUUUGUUCAGUUUCCCACCGAAAUACGUCAAUGGCUCAUUGAGUGAAAAAGAUUCGCGUGUGUAGGAAAGUUCGGUGUGAAAAAUCUAAGGAAAAAGUCUUGUUUUUACUCAAAUAACACUCCACGACACUAUCACUAUCAUCAACUUGCAAAAAAGUCGCUAAUCUUUUAAUUUUGGCGGUUUUUCCGCGGUUAAUUCCAAUCUCGAAAUUUGGCAGCUUUACCACGCGAAAAGAAGUGUUUUAUUAAAUAUUUAAAUAUAUUUUUUGGAAUUAUUGCUGUGCAAAAUAUUUUCUAAAACAUCUUGGUGCUAUUUUGUAUGAAUUUUUGGUGUGAAAGAUGAGCGAUAAGAAGAAACAACCCGGAUACCUGAAGUAUCUCUUUGGCGGUCUCUCUGGAAUGGGCGCCACUUUAGUGGUUCAACCUCUGGAUUUGGUGAAAACCCGAAUGCAGAUCCAGGGUGAAGGAGGGGCUGCCCGAGAGUAUAAGAACACCUUUGACGCUUUCACGGGCAUUCUCCGCAAAGAAGGUGCCACCGGCCUAUACAAGGGUAUUGGAGCUGGUCUCCUGCGACAAGCGACCUACACCACAACACGUCUUGGCGUCUACACUGCCCUCAAUGAGACGUACAGACAGAGUCAGGGGAAGGCGCCCGGACUCCUAGCAUCCAUGGGAAUGGGAAUGAUAGCCGGAGCUACAGGGGCUUUUGUGGGAACACCAGCUGAAGUAUCCCUAAUCAGGAUGACAGCCGAUGGACGACUACCGCUAGCUGAACGAAGAAACUACACGAGCGUCGUUAAUGCCUUGUCCAGGAUAGCUAAGGAAGAGGGUAUCCUGAUGCUGUGGAGAGGCUGUAUUCCCACCAUGGGUAGAGCUAUGGUGGUCAAUAUGGCACAAUUGGCAUCCUAUUCGCAGGCUAAACAGUACCUUCUGGCCUCUGGAAAGUUUUCCGAAGGCAUUCAGAUGCACUUUGUGGCGAGUAUGAUUUCAGGACUCAUCACAACUGCCGCAUCAAUGCCGGUGGACAUUGCAAAAACUCGUAUUCAGAAUAUGAAGGUAGUAGAUGGAAAACCCGAAUACAAAGGGGCCAUUGAUGUCCUUAUCAAAGUGAUCCGGAAUGAGGGCUUCUUCGCCCUGUGGAAGGGUUUCACGCCCUACUAUGCUCGUCUAGGUCCCCAUACGGUACUAACAUUUAUUUUGCUCGAACAGAUGAAUUCAGCCUUUAAUCGGUAUGUUAUGGGCGGUACUGGGGGAUCGUCGGGCAUCUAAAAACAACCAAACGCACAUUUAAGAUCAAAGUUUACACCCCGUGGCAUUUUUUUCUCUGCAAAACCAUUUAAAUAAAGUUUAUUUUUAUACAGUUCCCCUUCUGUUUUUAUUUUGAUGCCUCUAGCUAAACAAAAACGAAACGAUUAAAUGGGGAUUACAAUCUAAAUCUUAACUGGUAAAUCCCCAAGACCAGAUACCUCAACGAACAUUCGCACGAGAUAACCGUAAAAGUAUAUCAAAAGAUAAGCCAUGUAAAAAGAAAAUUCCUUCAGACAAUAGCAAAGAUUGAUAUCUUUGACAAAUUUUGUUAUAGAGUCUUUUUUUUUGUAAAUGUGAGUAAAUAAAAGAAGAUUUUAAAGAA